UUCCCGUCGUCAGCAACUUCCUUCACCCGGGCCAAGCUAGCAGUGCUCCAUCCAUCCACCCACCCCAUCCUCUACCAGUACCAGCGAGCGAAGGAGCUAGCCAUGCUCGGCCUCGUCGCGGCGCCCGCACCGGCCGCAGCAGCGCCACCGAGGGGGAGGUGCGGCGCUGCCGCGCCGUCGGAGAAGGCCGGCAGGGUUGCCUUGGCCGUCCCCGCGGCCGCCACUCUCUCGCUGGUCCUCUGGUCCAGUCCAGCGAACGCCGGCAUCCUGUCAGGUUUCUCCGGGUUGGAGUCGAGGCCAGGCCCGGACAUGCCCCGGCUCGAGUUCCUGGAGAAAUGGAAUGCCGAGAACCAGAAGAAGUACGCCGAGUUCGAUAACAGGUUCAAGAACUCCAAGGUGCUGCAGGACCUGCUCGAGAAGUCCAAGAAGAACAAAGAGAAGAACGAGAGGAUGAUCCAGGACAAGUACUGCCUGCGGGGCGCCGAGUGGGGCGUCGGGGACUGCUCAACGGAGGGGAUGUCUGACCAGGAGCGGGAGGACUUCAUUUCGGAGCUCAAGAAGAGAACUGGAGCGGAAUAGGGAGCUGACGAUCUCGUCUUUAGCAGAUAUAAACGAGGUGGAGCGCAGAGCACCUCGCCGCUGUAGGGUUCCGGGGAAUGGCCUUCUUACACCAUCAUUGUAGCCUGAUUACCAUGGGGAAUUGGAUUCUAGGAAGGCAGGAUGUACACCAAGAAAAUGCUCUUUUUUUCUCCAGAGGCCAUUAGGAGCAUCAGGAGAAUGUACACGAGCAUCACGCGGGCUCAGAAUUUACAAUGUAUAUGCGCGCUAUGCGUAAAAUGCAUCUGCAGAAUGUAGCAGCAAAUUACCGUUGGCACAGCAUCGCUAGUUCUUGAA